AUGACCACACCUUCUAAACCAGAAAGCACAGAAACAAUACUUUCAUCUACUCCAACUACAGCAAAUGUUGCAACAGUAUCCACUUUUUCAUCAACCAAUUUGGAAUAUUUAGAAACAACGCCUGCAAUAUUUGUACAACCAACAUUCUUCGUCACUUCUUCAAAUACAGCUGAAGCUACAUCAUCUACAGCAACCACAGAGAAGACCACACCUUAUAUACCAGAAAGCACAGAGACAAUACUUUCAUCUACUCCAACUACAGAAAAUGUUGCAUCAGAAACCACUUCUUCAUCAACAAAUUUGGAAUCUUUAGAAACAACGCCUGCAUUAUUUGAACAAACAACAUUCUUCGUCACUUCUUCAAAUACAGCUAAAGCUACAUCAUCUACAGCCACCACAGAGAAGACCACAGCUUAUAUACCAGAAAGCACAGAAACAAUACUUUCAUCUACUCCAACUACAGCAAAUGUUGCGACAGUAUCCACUACUUCAUCAACCACAUUUGAACUGCACAGAAACAAUACUUUCAUCUACUUCAACUACAGCAAAUGUUGCAACAAAAGCACAGAAACAAUGCUUUCAACCACUCCAACAACAGAAAAUGUUGCAUCAGAAACUCCUUCUUCAUCAACCAAUUUAGAAUCUUUAGAAACAAGACCUCCAAUAUUUGAGCAAACAACAUAUUUAGUCACUUCUUCAACUACAGCUGAAGCUACAUCAUCUACAGCAACGAAAGAGAAGACCACACCUUAUAAGCCAGAAACUGAAGCUACACCAUCUACAGCAACCACAGAGAAGACCACACCUUAUAUACCAGAAAGCACAGAAGAAAUACUUUCAUCUACUCCAACUACAGCAAAUGUUGCGACAGUAUCCACUACUUCAUCAACCACAUUUGAACUGGUAGAAACAACUCCUGCAUUAUUUGAACAAACAACACAUUUAAUCACUUCUUCAACUACAGCUGAAGCCACAUCAUCUACAGCAAAAACAGAGAUGACCACACCUUCUAAACCAGAAAGCACAGAAACAAUACUUUCAUCUACUUCAACUACAGCAAAUGUUGCAACAGUAUCCACUUUUUCAUCAACCAAUUUGGAACCUUUAGAAACAACAAACAACUACUGCAAGAUUUAA